AUGAUUUAUUACGUCGGUAACAUUGGCAGAGAGUAUUCCUCUUCCAAUGUCAACUCCAACUUUGGAUUUGACAACAAGGAUAAAAACUUGAUUAUCUCUAAAAAUGAUCACAUAGCUUAUAGAUAUCAGGUACUUUCAAAGCUUGGUACAGGGGCCUUUGGUAAUGUUUACCGAUGUUAUGACCAUAAGAUGAAUAAGAUGGUGUCGUUGAAGAUAAUGAGAAACGAUCCUGCUUGGUCAUUGCAGUCAAUGUACGAAAUAAAGAUAUUGAAACGCUUACACCAAGAGCCGAAACAUCUACUACAGUAUCUAGGACACUUGAACUUCAGAUCUCAUAUCUGUGUCAGCACUGAGCUCUUAUCUGUGAACUUGAUCGAAGCAUUGGGUGCAACAAAGUAUCAAGGCUUCGAACUUUCUGUGAUCAAACUAUGGUCUCAACAAUUACUCUCAGCAUUGGAAUUCUUACACAGAUCAGAUAUUGUUCAUGCUGACCUUAAGCCUGAGAAUAUCAUGCUUCAAUCACCAAAUUCAUUCAACUUGAAGAUUAUCGAUUUUGGUUCCUCAACAACCGUUGGUGACAUCACAUAUCCUUACAUCCAGUCAAGGUUCUAUCGUGCUCCAGAAGUGCUAUUGGGAGCAAGAUAUGAUACAAAGAUUGAUAUCUGGUCAUUCGCAACCGUUAUCUAUGAAAUGUACACUGGCAAGGUGAUGUUUGAAGCCAAGAAUGAAACCCAUUUAUACAAAUUAUUUGUGGAGCUGUUGGGAAAUCCACCUCCAAGAACAGUACUAUCGAUGCGUGAAACAGUGCUCAAGAACGGCAGUGUUAAUAAGUACAAUGACGGGAACUUUGUCGAUAAAUCUACAUUACUUUUCACGAGCUUCAGCAAGGUGGGGGUCUACAGAGGUGAACCCUUGGAUACAUCAAAGUGUGUUACACCAUUCCACAAGAGACUGAAUCUUGGUGAUUUGCAGUUUGCUGACUUCAUACAAACGAUUCUCGUGUGGAAUCCAAAGGAGAGACCAUCUGCAAAAAAGUUACUACAGCAUAUGUUUCUUGAAGAACAAUAA